GAGGCAGCAGCAGCAGUGCCCGAGUGCCGUCCUCGGUGUGCUUGUCCAACUAACCGCGCACAGCGUUGCUCACAGUCGUUCGUCGUGGUCGUCGCCAUCGUGGCCAAUUGACAGCUCAUAAAAACCGUAAAAAUAAUCAUAACAAUAAUCGUAAAAAAUUAGAACCGCAAGCGGAAUUCAGUCGCACGUUGGCCACUGCUCGGCAAAGUAUCCUUACUCCAUACAAAAUGAGAAUGAUAAACGAAUAGAAAAUCGCGUAAGACUUUUAAGAAGACAGGCAUACGAACAGACCGUUUUAUGGUUCUGGCCAUGGCCGUGAGUUGACGAUUGAGUUGAUUUUAAGUCGAGUUCGAGGUCGAAAAGUCGGUGUGGUGUGAGUUUUAUGUUUAUGUGAACGAUUGGGCCCAUAAACGGGCUAAGCAGCGUCUGGCAGGUGUCUGCCACUUGGCCAUUUCAGCAAAUGCAAUUUAGUGUGCAAUAAACAUUUGUAUACAUACCAUUGGUUGAUAAUAUCCAAUAAGAGACUCUAGUGCGACGCGAGGGCGAGUGCGAGUGUAGAAGCAUCUACGAGUACUUAAAGCCAUUCGGUAAUAUCUGGCAUUAACUAAGGAUCCUAGUGCUUUCGUUAUGCAUACUAGCACAUACACACACAUACAUAAAUAUAUACAAAUAAGUAAACCACAACAAUAAUAAUACUGUAGUUUAUAGUUGAGGAGCUCAACAUUUCUAGUCCCAAAGCAAGCAAUAUUUACACACAGUACCAACUACUUAUCCUUAAAAUUAAAGUAACUUAAAAUAUAACUCAAAACGAAGCUCCAACAAUCGCGGGAAAUUGACUCUCUACAUCAAAUGCUAAAACCUGGCGGAGUAGACAGCCACAAUAAAACGAAAAAGUUUCCUACGCCAGGCUAAACUUUCGAGCGCACGUGCAACACAGCAAGUUGAAUAUUUAAGCUUUCGAGGAUUUCAAAGUGCGACGAGGCCAACUUUCUGUUCUGCGGAUUAAACGAAAUUCAUAUUGUCAUCUUGGAAUUUGGAUAAGCACAUUGCUGGGGCAUUUCUGGAUAACCAAACACUAGGAUAACAUUCAACAGAAAAAGAGUUUCAGAAAUCAAAAUUGAUUACCAACUAGAAAUUAAGGAUACUUAAGGAUUACAACACCAAUUACUUUUCUACCAAAUAAGCACAAGGUAAAAAGAGAACGUAUCCCGUUUUAUUUUUGCCCGGCUACGAGGCAAGAGAGCGGAGCAACAACGGAAAUCAUUUUAUACCUCAAGACAAAAACACAACUACCAGAUAAGGCGUAACUGUAUUGUACUUAAGAGUUUAAGGAAUAAGUAGUUUAUUUUGUAUACAGGCGAGAAGCUGAAAGCUCAGUGCACACUCCCAUCAUUGUCAAAAUAGGGGAGGAGGAGGAGGAGUUAGUGGAGUCGCUGGGCACUAACUCUAGGACAUUUUCUCUAACGCAAGCUCAGUUGACCUCAACUUUCUCCAACAUGACGAUGAGUACAAAUAACUGUGAAAGCAUGACGUCAUACUUCACAAACUCGUACAUGAGUCCUGACAUGCACCAUGGGCACUAUCCGGGCAACGGCGUCAGUGAUCUCGAUGCGCAGCAAAUGCAUCACUACAGUCAGAACCCCAAUCACCAGGGCAAUAUGCCAUACCCUCGCUUCCCGCCCUACGAUCGCAUGCCCUACUACAACGGCCAAGGCAUGGAUCAACAGCAACACCAGGGGUACUCGAGGCCCGACAGUCCCUCGAGUCAGGUGGGCGGCAUGCCGCAGACGCAGACCAACGGCCAACUUGUACCGCAGCAGCAGCAGCCUCAGCCACAGCAACAGCCCCAGCAGCCGCAGCAGCAGACGCAGCAGGCGUCACAGCAUCAGCAGCACCCCCAGGUGACGCAACAGGUGACACAUCCACAGCAACAGCAGCCCGUAGUCUACGCCAGUUGCAAGUUGCAAGCGGCCGUCGGCGGAUUAGGCAUGGUGCCUGAGGGAGGCUCCCCCCCACUGGUGGACCAGAUGGGCGGCCAUCAUAUGAACGCCCAGAUGUCUCUGCCUCAUCACAUGGGUCACCCGCAAACACAGUUGGGUUACACUGACGUCGGCGUCCCCGAUGUGACAGAGGUCCACCAAACCCACCAUAACAUGGGAAUGUACGGACAACAGCAGGCGGGCGUUCCCCCAGUGGGCGCCCCGCCGCAGGCUAUGAUGCACCAGGGCCAGGGGCCGCCACAAAUGCACCAGGGCCAUCCCGGCCAACACACUCCACCAUCCCAAAAUCCGAACUCGCAGUCCUCAGGGAUGCCGUCCCCACUGUAUCCCUGGAUGCGAAGUCAGUUUGAGCGCAAACGAGGACGCCAGACCUAUACACGCUACCAAACGCUGGAGCUGGAGAAGGAGUUCCAUUUUAACCGCUACUUGACGCGCCGGCGACGCAUCGAGAUUGCGCACGCCCUGUGCCUCACGGAGCGCCAGAUCAAAAUCUGGUUCCAGAACCGCCGCAUGAAGUGGAAGAAGGAGAACAAGACGAAGGGCGAGCCGGGAUCGGGAGGCGAGGGCGACGAGAUCACGCCACCCAACAGUCCGCAGUAAGGCGCCGGGAACGCGCGAAAGUCAAAAACUACACGGCAUACAAUUAUACUAUUUGAAAACAAUUAGCAAGCGGCAGAAUUGAAAUUAAUUUCAACUAAAUACCACAUUACGGUGGAGCUGAAGCUCCGAAGUAUACAACCUAUACAAACUAUGCAAAAAACUACACUUAGUAAAUUGUUAUUAUUUCAACCUAUUAUUUAAUUUUUACAAAAAUGCAAAUGGAAAACGAGCGUAAUAAGUUAAAAUAUUAAAAAUAAAGAAUAAAGCGUAAAACUCAACAAAACCAAC